AUGGGUCGAAUAUUGUUGACUCAGAGUCAGGCCACCGUCGUCUUGACAUUCGGGCUAAUCGCCAUCUUCACGCUCCUCCUCUUCCUCGCCGGCUAUGUGCACCAACAGCAGACGGUCACUGGCCUGCAAACAGCAUUGAAGCCUCGACUUCCAAAGCCACCGCCAUCCGCUGCGACUAUCGACAACAAAGAACACGCGCAGCAGCCGCUGUAUCAUCCUUCUCGCAUUCUCGGCAGCAGAAGCAAGAAUGGCGGUCACAUUGCAUACACAGACUUCACAGCAUCCACGCAGGAUGAGGCAGCGAAGAUCAACUGGUCCCGUCUUGCCCACGUUCAGAUUGUGCGGAACCAUCAUGACAUGUGCAAUGCGAUCAUGGUGCUUGCGGACUUGCAUCGACUGAAGAGUCCGGCGCGGAGAGUCUUGAUGUUCCCUCAGGCAUGGGCGACGGAGAAGAAGGCGGGGAGAGGCGACGUCAGUGAUCCGUUCCUGGACAUCAGCAGACGAUUGAUGAAGGUCGCUGCGCGGAGAUAUGGCGUGGAGUUACGGCCGAUUAGCCCAUUUCUCCAAGUUGGUGAAGAGCAGAGCUCGUACUCGCUGGCGAGUGCGUUUGCUUUUACAGAAUUUGACCGCGUUAUGACUAUCGAGACGCCUGGACUGAUUCUGGACGCCGAACCACUGGAUGCGAUCCUAGCGUUCACGGAGCCGGCUCCCUUCGCCAUGCUCCACGAUACUGUAGAUGAGGAUGGGGUUCACGAAGACGACAUUUUUCUCAUGCAGCCAUCCAAUGAGAUCUAUCAGGCUCUCAGAGACACGCUGGCAGACCAAUCUUCCUUCAACGACACACUUUUACCUGCGACCUUCCCAGACCCUCUUCUGAUCUCCACCUCGUCGCCAUCGCAGACACUCAUCCGCUCCAUCGGUCUGCUUCACGACGCUCCGAUCACCUCAUCGAGUUCUUCAGAGCCAUCGUUUAACGCUACAGCCUUCCUAUCAGAAGUGGCCUACAUGCGCUUCUCAGACCCCAAGCUUCCAGGUCCAGAGUACGAGGUUCCAUGGGCACGGAAGGUCGCUGCACGACCAAAGAACAAGGAUGCGGAUUGGACAUGGACGAAGCUCUAUGGCGAGUUUGAGAUGAAGAGGAUGGAGGUGUGUGGAUUGGGGCUGGAGGUAUGGCGGCAAUGA